UCAACACAAAAAAAUCUCAUCACACAAUUUUCGAAAAUGAAUCAGUUCGUUCGCUAUUUACGACAUUACUGUACAAAACCAGAAUUGCCAAAAUGUGACUUCAUCCCUAAAAAGUACAAGGGUUUGUCCUACAAUGAAAUGAAAGAAAUACGAAACUUAAACGUCAAUCCCGUUCUUAAAACUUAUUAUAGUGAACCGCUUGCCUUACAUCAAGGUUAUAAACAAUGGUUAUUCGAUAUUUAUGGAAAACGUUAUUUAGAUAUGUUCGCGGGAGUGUGUACAGUUGCUGUUGGACAUUGUCAUCCAAAAAUUAACGAAGCUGUGAAAGAACAAAUGGAUACAUUAGGUCAUAUCACAACUCUCUAUUUCAACACAAAAUUGCAAGAAUAUGCUAAGAAGUUGGCUGGAAAAUUACCGGGUAAUUUAGAAAGUAUCUAUUUUGUAAACAGUGGUAGUGAAGCAAAUGAUUUAGCUUUAUUGAUAGCUAGAGCUUAUACUGGAAAAUUUGAUGUUAUGUCUUUGAAAAAUUGUUAUCACGGUAUGACUUACCAAACUAUGGGAUUGACAUCAAAUAAUACUUACAAGUAUCCUGUAGCAGGGCCAGCUGGAAUGUUUACGACUUUAAAUCCUGAUGUUUACCGAGGAUUAUGGGGUGGUCAGAACUGUCGUGACAGUCCCGUUCAAACAGACAGAUCUUGCAAUUGCAGUGGAGAGUGUCAGGCAGGUUUGAAAUAUUUGGAACAAUUCGAACAUGAACUCAAACACGAUAUUCCAAAUACUGGCUUAGCUGCUUUUUGGGCGGAAUCUAUUCAAGGUCUUGGAGGAGCUGUUCAAUAUCCCAAAAAUUUCAUAAAAGGUGUUUAUGAGAUGGUAAAAAGUAAAGGUGGACUUUACGUAGCUGACGAAGUACAAACAGGAUUUGGAAGAACAGGAGAACAUUUUUGGGGUUUUGAAGGACACGGUAUCGUUCCAGAUAUAGUAACAAUGGCUAAAGGAAUCGGUAACGGCUAUCCUUUGGCGGCAGUAGCAACUACCCCAGAAAUUGCCAGUGCAUUAACAAAAGCAGCACAUUUCAAUACUUUCGGAGGAAAUCCAAUAGGAUGUACAGUAGGCAAGACUGUACUUGAGAUUAUCGAAGAAGAAAAACUUCAAGAAAACUCUAAAAAUAUUGGAACAUACUUGUUAUUGAAAUUGGAAAAAUUAAAAUCAAAAUUUAGUAUAGUGGGUGAUGUUCGUGGGAAAGGAUUGAUGAUUGGUGUCGAAUUAGUUGAAGACAAGGACUCUAAAGUGCCGUUAGAUGCUGCAAGAAUGAUGAAAUUUUGGGAAAAAUGUCUUGAUCUCGGAUUAAUUAUUGGAAGAGGUGGUUUGCAUGGAAACGUAAUAAGAAUAAAGCCUCCAAUGUGUAUAACAAAAGAAGACGCCGAUUUUACUUUAAAAGUAAUGGAAAUUUCCCUGAAAGAUGUAUGAUGCAAGCAAUUAGUAGUAUACUUUCUUUUGUAUAUGUAGAUACGAUUUUGAUUUCAGAUAAUACAAUGAAAAAUAGAAUAAACAAAUUUUAGAUUAAAA